AUGGUGGCACACUAUCUGCAGGAUCUGGCAAACCAAGGGGUGGACAUUUCUGAGUUCUCAGUGGACUGGCUAUCUAAGCGUCCACCAAAUUUCAUGAAGAGACAACGGGAGCCAUCUGGAAAGUCUAAGAAGGCAAAGAAGGCAAAGCUGGAAGAAACAUCUGGGUCAAGACCUCUAGUCCCUCUGGAUGAUUUUCCAAGCCUCUCUGAAGAAGUCCACAAAGACUUCAUCAGAGAUGCUGGAAUAAGGCUACAAGCUUGCUUGGCCAGAGAGGUUGAGGAAAAGGCCAGGAAGGAAGAAGAAGAGAAAGCUCGCCUGGAAGAAGAGAAGAGAAUCAGAGAAGCUGAAGAGGCGGCUGCUGCUGAAGUUGCUGCUGCUGCGGCUGCUAUUGAGGCUGAGGCAAAAGCAAAAGCCAAAGCUGAAGAAGCAGUACGCAUUGCUGUAGAGGAAGCUCCCAAGGCCAGUGCUGAUGCUUUGACUCAGGGGGAGCAAUCUAACUUCGGUUUUGCCCCUCUGGUCUUAAAGGCUCUAGAGGAACUGCAAAAGGAACAACAAGUGGUACGAGCAAGGUUGGAUCACCAGGAUUCCGUCAACACCAACAUUAAGAACUUGCUGACUCAACUGCUCCAAAGGAUGCCUCCACCCCCAAACCCUUAG